GCACCCUAUAUUGAACUGUUCUUGAAGACGAAUGCGGAAUAGGGGUAGGGGCGAAACGGAUAUUGUAGCUGUGUUAAACGUUAAAAAUCUUCCAACGAAAGAACAGGAGAUACACUAUGAUAUUCCAGUUUGCAUCGUAAUAUGCUGGAAGUGAAUUUGAAGGGACUCGCCGAUAAACUGCUCGUCAUUCGCUCGUCGCUCGAUUAUGUGGCCUUGUGGGACCCCAUGCGUGUAGCGGCAGGGCAGUGUUGUAGAUGCCAGAGAAGAAGAGACUGAGCAGCCCAGGGAGCGCCCACCGUCUGACAUCGUUCUGGUUUUAGUCGCUGGUUCCCGAUAGGCUUCAAGUUCACCCAUUCUGAUAGAAACAUGAGCCAGAAAUCAGAGCGCAGGGGGAUUCAUGUGGACCAGUCUGAACUGCUUUGCAAGAAAGGAUGUGGGUACUACGGGAAUCCUGCCUGGCAAGGUUUCUGUUCCAAAUGUUGGCGUGAAGAGUACCAGCGUGCUCGGCAGAAGCAGAUUCAGGAGGACUGGGCUCUUGCCGAAAGGUUGCAAAGAGAGGAGGAAGCGGCCUAUGCCAGCAGUCAGGGAGCACAGACUCAACCAACCCUUGCCCCUUUUUCAAAAUUUGAAGACAAGAAGACUAAUGUAACAACUCGCAAAGUGACUACAGUCAAGAAGUUUUUCAGCCCCUCAUCACGAGCUGCCCCCAAAAAAGAGACCCAGGAGGCAAAAGCACCAAGUCCAUCUAUCAGUCGACAGUCCAGCGUAGAAACAGAUAAGGUUUCUCGUGACUUUAUUGACUUCCUGAAAAACCUGCAAAAGCCUGGCCGGGACAUACAUAAGCAGUGUCGUGUUUUCCUUGACACAAUGGCUAAUAAAAAGGAAGUGAGCGCAGAAGAGCAAUCUGAGUAUGUACAAGAUUUCUAUCAGAAUGUGGCAGAGAAGCUUCAGGUGCAUUUUAAAGGUUCUUCAGAUCGUGUGGAACGGGUUAUGGAUCAAGUUGAAAAAUACAUCAUGACACGUCUGUACAAAAGUGUGUUCUGCCCUGAAACCACAGAUGAUGAAAAGAAAGAUCUGGCUGUGCAGAAGCGCAUCAGGGCUCUGCACUGGGUUACCCUGCUGAUGUUGUGUGUGCCAGUCAAUGAAGAUAUUCCUGAAGUAUCAGAUAUUUUGGUGAAGGCUAUUACAGAUAUAAUUGAGAUGGACUCGAAGCGUGUGCCCAGAGACAAGCUGGCCUGCAUCACAAAGUGCAGCAAGCACAUCUUCAAUGCCAUCAAGAUCACGAAGAAGGAACCCGCCUCAGCCGAUGACUUUCUACCAACCCUCAUCUAUAUAGUGCUGAAGGCAAACCCGCCUCGCCUGCAGUCCAACAUUCAAUAUAUCACAAGAUUUUGCAACCCAAGUCGACUCAUGACAGGAGAAGAUGGUUAUUACUUCACAAAUCUGUGUUGUGCUGUUGCCUUCAUCGAGAAACUGGAUGCACAGUCCCUCAAUCUGAGCCCUGAGGAUUUUGAACGCUACAUGUCUGGACAGGCAUCACCACGCAGGCAGGACCAAGAUGGCUACCUGAGUCAUGUGAACAACAGUCCAAGUUUGGGCCAGGCUUACCAGAACCUUGAGCAGCUGUCUGGGUUGGGCGAACGACAAGAGCGAGUGCUAGAGGGGGCACGCCGGCUUGAAAGGGACCUUAUCGAAUGGAGUGAUGGAGUGGCUAGGGAAGUGCAAGACAUUCUGGACAAGUACCCUCUGGAAAUCUGUCCCCCAGCAUCAGCCAUUGACUCUGAUAAUGUGGAGAAUGAUCGAUUGCCACCCCCCCUCCAACCUCAGGUCUUCGCUGGCUAGGAUCUGCCACCCACCGGCAUAUUCAUUUGGUCUUUUCCAGCCCUCCUUGUCUGGACAGUCCUUAAAAGACUUUAGCUGACGAAGCUUGCCUGUGACUCUGACAGGUCACAGCCCCCUCUGUCUUAGUUGAGAACACUUCUACCAAGAGACUCAUUAUUAUGGUGCUGCAAUUGGUUUAUUUUUUUUUUCUUAAAGACUCUGUUACUUUAUAGGAAGAAAUGCUAAGUUAUUUAAUGCAUUAAUUAUCUUGAAAAGAAACAGUUGGUGAAUGUCUGCACUAAUAAUGUCGUACUCUUCCACAAUGCAGACCAAGGAGAGACAGAGAAAUGGCAAAAGCUGGUUUAAACACGACUUACUGGUCAUUUUGAAAACGGUACAGUAAUGAGAAGCGGCGCAUGUGGCUGACUGCACUUUAAAUGUCUGAAAUCAGCAAUUUCACUUCUGCACUCUACUGAAGCAGUCUGUAAAAGAUUACAUGUGUCUUGCUGUUUAUGUUUAGUGGUCUUUGGGGAAAUGAAUUAUUGAAACAAGUGGAAGGCUCCUAUAUAUAUGUGUGUGUGGGUGGGUGUGUGUGCGUGUGUGUGCAGCCUUAUGUUAAAAAAUAUCAGUCAGUUUAUGUGUUUAGGAUCUGCCUGAAGGUCUCAUCAGUGAGUCCAGGCCUUCAGGUCCAAUAGAUAGGAUUUCAAAAUAAGUUUGAAGUCUUGAAAGUUUAUCAUGGAAACAAAGAUGGCAAAUUAGUUUUUAGCUCUUUGGAAUACUUGAUUGUUAAAGUGAGACUUGUAAUCUAUGCAAAAUGAAGGCAGUUGAACAUUUCCCAGUGUAUGUUUAAAUUUAGUUGUCCUGGAGGCUGUAACAUAAGUUCUGACAAUAUCACUGACCUCUGGUGUCCAGCAGUGCUGCACUAUUUUAAAUUAGAGUACCUGGCAUCAGAACCUACACCUUGGCAUUAGUUAAAGCAGUAGAUGUGCAGCCCCACGUGUACAACAGCAUUGCAGUGUGGCAUUCUUAGGGUACAAUCAGCCCCCUCUUUGUGCCAUAGGUGUCCUACAACCAGGCUGGUCACAUAAGGUGUGGUGCUCGGUCACCAGCAACCAAAGAAUCCUGUAUACGCUUCACGCUGACAUACAAAGAGUGAACCCCAACUUUAAAUAAGUGAAACAGAAACCCAGAGACGAUUCUUGUCACAUUGUUGAGUUUAAUCAGUAACAGUCUACUCCAGUUAUUCCAAAACCUACCAACUUAAAAUCAGGUUUUUCCAAGCUGGCAUCACUGCUUCUUGAUACAGUAUUCCUGUAGGUAUAAUUGCCUGACCAAACACAUUUUAGUUUCAUGGAACUUUUUUAGAACUGUAGGUUACAUUGUAGAAAAGCAGCAAAACUAAAAAAUACCAUGCAUAUAAUUUUUUAUUGGAUAUCAAACCUUUAAAAGCAAUGCAGCAAUCCAUUUUUAUGCUAUCCUAAUAGGAGAUGAAGCUUUUUUAGUGCAGGACCUGUCGUAUCUGGUGAAUGGAACUGGCCCACGCAAACACUGACCUGUGAAGUCUGACUUGUGGAACAUUUAUGGGGAAUGUUAAGUGAAGGUACAGAUAACCCACACUAAAUCCAGCUGAGCCAACGGCUCUGUAAAAAUGUAUAUUGUUUUCCCAUUACCGGUAUAUCUUUACCUGUAUGGUUUAUAAUCAACUACACUAUUUAUAAGUUGAUGUUUUAAAGUGGGUGAAUUUGUUUUAUUUAAUUUUUCCUUCAAUAAAGAAAAGCCUGGACUUCCA